GUCACACACAUACACACACAUUGUUUUGGACUAUGGCUUCCACCACCUCAGGUGAUGUUCUGCCCACAGGCGGCAGGAUCUUCACCUCCAUUCCUGAUGUGUUCUUCAUUCCUGAGUUUGUGUUUGGGGGUUUGGUGUGGACCCUGGUGGCAUCGACCCGCGUCUACCCGGACAACCCUGUGGGCUGGGUGAUGUUCGUGUCCGUCUUCUGCUUCGUGGUGACAACGCUCUGGUUCUUCAUCUUCCUCUGCGGAGCCAAUCAGGGCAGCAUCUGGCCCUCCCUGGAUGUGGUUUAUCACUUCUUGGCGGUGCUUUUCUACCUCAGUUCGUCGGUGGAUCUGGCGUUCGUCACCAUUUUGGCGAGUGGGAGGAGUGUCCUUAGCGAUGAAUAUCUUAAAAUCUACCGACUGGACAUUGCUGCAGUGGUGAUGUCCUAUGUGGCCACUCUCCUCUACUUCCUCCAUGCCAUUUUCUCUGCCAUCCGAUGGAAGAGCUCCUAAUAAGACAAAACAGAAACCAAAUGAGCAGCUGACCUGUCAUUGGACUAAACACAGAACGACCUUUUAUCUUUUUAGUCUUUUUAAUCUUUUCCUCACUUUCAUGUCAACAGGAGCAGCUUUUUUGAAACAAAGUGGCAAAACAUCAGUGAAUGAAGGAGUGGGAAACAAGCAAGUUAUUGAUUAUUAUUAACGUUACUUAGCCCUGCACAUUAGCGCCCCGCAUUUUACUCUUUUCUUAAGACGACAGGCAACAGUUCUGUGUGAAUAGAUGCAAAUGAAAAAUGUGUUUGUCAGAAAUAAAUGUGGUAAAAAGAGG